GUCCUACCGGCGGGGGCUGGACCUGGAGCAGCGGGCCGGGGCGGGCGGCGGCCGCGGGGGCCGGGACCAAGGGGCGCCCGAUCAGCUCCUCGUCGGGGAGGCCGUGGAGGUCCUCACGGGGGGCGCCGCGUCUGGCUGGUGGUCGGGCCUCGUGGUGUUGGAACACGAAGCUGGGACUGCCGCCGGCAGCGGAUCUGGGGCCUGGGGCGAGCUGGACAUGAACGAGCAGCUCUGCUACGAGGAGGCCGCCACUGGCGCCGGCGGGCUCCCCGCCGGCAGCGUCUGCGCCGCGGGCUCGGGGGGCGGCCGCCGUGUGGAGUGGGUCCUGCCCCACGACCUGGGCCGCAGGCUGCAGCGGCGGCCGCUGGCCUGCAAGCUGGGCGAGGCCCUCGAGAAGGUGGAGAUGUUCGGCUCGUCGGGCGGCUGGCAAGGCUACAGGCGGCAUUUCAUGCCCGCCUCCCUGGCGCAGCUCUGGGCGGGCGCGGCCCCCACGGAGCAGGCGGCCCCGGCCUCGCUGCGCCUGCUGACGGCCGGGGGCGGCGCCGGGCCCGCGGCGCCCGCGCUCUUCGAGGAGCACGGCGCCGUGGCGCUGCCCGGCGCGCUGCCGCCCGAGGUCUGCGCCGCCAUGGCCGCGUACCUCCUGCAGUUCCGCUCGGCGCGCUCCACGCGGGCCUGGGAGGUCCCGGCCGGCUUCCGUAACCACUCGACGUAUUUCGUCAAGUCGAACGUGGACAGGGACCACUUGACUCUCUCGCUCGAGGAGGGCCCGCCCGCCGGCCCCACCGUGGGCGCGCUGCUGCGCGCGGCGCUCGGGCCCGGCUCGCCCGCCGCCGCCCUGGUCGCCCACCUCUUCAGCGGCGCCUCCCCGCUGUGGGAGCUGGCCGCCUUCGUGGUGCACCCAGGCGCCGAGGAGCAGCCGCUGCACGUGGACGUGGAGGGCGACGGUGGCGCGGGCGCCGCCCGCCCGGUGACGCUGCAGCUGCUGCUGACGGAGGCUCUGCCAGCACAGGGCGCGCUCGCGGUGUGGCCCGGGUCCCACGACCCAGGCCGCGCUGCCCACACCAGCUCGGCGGAGCGGCGCUGGGCGCAGCGGACCGCAGGGGUCGCCGCCGCGAGCGCCUGCGGGGCGCGCCAGCCGGACGACUGCAGGGGGCUGGCGCCCGGGGCCGCAGCCCCCGCCGUCGUUGCCCGCCCGCUCGGUGGCGCCCAGCGAGGUCCCCCGCCACUCUCUGACCAGCAGGUUCGUGCGUACGCUGCCAUGGACCAUGCCGCAUACGAGGCGACCGCGUGCACCCUCAAUCAGGCCUCGGGGGGUCGCUUCCAGCACCAGCGUCGCCUCUUUUCGGGUGAUCCGCAGCUCGUCUCGCGCGCGGCCCAGAAGCAGAGCGAUCACCUCACGGACAGGCUUGGCAAAGCCCAGAAGACGUACGACAAGGCCCGGGAUGACCUCACCAGGGCGGCGCGCUGGGCAGAGUUGGGAGGCGCCGCAGCGGCGCCAGGCACGCCGACCAGCGUUGGCGCCAACCAGUGCGCCCACCUGCUCCAGCGAGGCAGGCAGCUCGGAGGUGUCGAGCUCGAGGCCAAGCUUGCCGCCAUGGCCAACGAGUUCGAGCGGGCCCAGCAGGAGCUGCAGUCGAAGGCCGCGCAGGCGCCCCCACUGGCGCUGCGGAACGAGGCCAAGCUGCUCGAGGCUUGUGCCAAUGCAGCUGGGGAAGAUUAUGACAUGGAGGUGGAUGGCGGAGCAACUGGAACUGUCAAGCAUCGUGCCGUGCAGCUUGUCGGGCAGGCGAUCAAGAAACUCCGCGCUGGCCCCGUGCAUAUGUACCAGAGACGUUGGGGCAGCAGGCCGCGCAGGUCGCUCACCUUUCUCGCGGCGAACGUCGCCAGCGCGCCUGGGCCCGAGGUGCUCAGGCAAUCCAGUGAAUGGUCAAAUUGUGAUUUGGCUGUUUUCAGGAACAUAGAGUGCCGCAGUGGCAGUGGGAUGGGCAAGAGCAAGCUCUACUGA